AUGAAUGCAUUUUCGUCGUCUGUUCCCAGUUCAGCCACGGGUUCCUCUAUCCCUUCUGUUACAUCAGCCUCUGGAUGUUUAGCAUGUGGAGCGAAUGAAAUUGAAUAUGACCAAGCCCAGGGAAACUCCUUUUGUACUAUUUGUGGUACCGUGCUUGAGGAAAAUGCAAUUGUUUCUGAGAUAACCUUUUCUGAAAGUGCGUCUGGGGCUAGCGUGAUGCAAGGCCAAUUUGUUCCAGAAAAGUCAACUGCCCUUCUUGGAAUGCUUGGUGGUGUUAUGCCUCUUAAAGGGGGAGUCUCCCCUGGAUCAUCAUAUCGCCGUUAUCAGCCUUCUGAUUCUAGAGAAGUUACGAUAUGUCAAGCACGUUUGCGUCUGCAAGCUCUUGGCUUCGCUCUUGGAAUGUCAGAGCAUCACAUUAAUGCAGCUCAUCGCUGGUUUAUUUUGGCAUAUCAACAUCAAUUUACGCGCGGAAGACGCUCCCAGGCAGUUGCAGCUGGAUGUCUCUAUAUUGUAUGUCGUCAAGAAAAAACGCCUCAUAUGCUUCUAGACUUUUCUGAUGUUUUAAGAGUGAAUGUUUUUGCUCUUGGGAGUGUCUUUUUGAAGCUCUGCCGGCUGUUAAACUUGGAUCUUCCUCUUGUCGAUCCCUCGCUCUACAUUGGCCGUUUUGCCUCUCGUCUUGAAUUUGGAGAGAAAACCUCCAUGGUCACCGCCACUGCUCUUCGCCUUGUAUCUAGAAUGAAGCGUGAUUGGAUACAAACUGGUCGUCGACCUGCUGGCGUUUGCGGGGCCUGCUUGCUUAUAGCUGCGCGCAUUUAUGGAUUUUCUAGAUCACAAAAAGAAAUUCUAGCAGUCGUACGUGUAUGUGACAUGACGCUUCGAAGACGGCUGGAAGAAUUUUCACGCACUCCAUCAUCAAAGCUUACACCGGAAGAGUUUCAUGGGGUAUGGCUAGAGGAAGAAAUUGACCCGCCUUCUUUUUCUUUGCCGUCACUGGCAAAGAAAAAGGACAGGAUUAAAUCUGAACACAUGCGCAUUUUUGAGGAGCAGAGACUUGCGCAGCUUUUAUUGAUUGAUCCUCGGUUGCUCAACGAAGAUCCAAUUUCUGAUCUUUCGAUUCUAGAUGUCGAUGAAGAGGUUUCGUCCGCAUUACUUGCAGAAGCUGAAAUGGAGGCAAAAUCUGUACUUUGGCAUGAGGCCAAUAAGGAUUAUAUAUUGCAACAGGAAGAAAAGGCCCAGUUUAUGCUUGAGCAAGAAAAGCUUGGAAUUUCCCAACCUCCUGUAAAAAGAAGUACCAGAAAAAGAAAACAGGAGCAAUAUUUCAACAGUGCAGAAGGUCCAAGUUCAUCCCAUUUAACGCCCUCUGAAGCAGCCAAAACUUUAAUUAGUAGCAAUAAGAAGCUUUCAAAAAAAUUCAACUAUCAAGUGCUCGAUUCGCUUUUAGAGACGCCUGCAUCUAUCAAGCUGAGUUGA